CGUCAUCAAUGACCAUCAACAAAAAUCAUAUUUUGACCAUCCUUUUAAAUAUUUUCCUGCAAUCUGCAUCCAUAUUUACAUCAUCAUCAACAUUAUUAUCCACUCGACAAUCAAACAGUCAUCAUAAUCGUCGUCGUACAUUAUUGAUAACGAUUAUACUCAUAAUUUUUUCAUUCAGUAGUUUGUUACAUACAGUUGAAUCCUGUUCAUCAAGGUCGACGCCGAAACCGCGUCCACCAGCGCCAACUACACGUCCAAAUAUUACGUUCCAAACAUAUGCAUGUCCAGAAGCUUAUGCAAAAUGGUAUUGUUUGAAUGGUGCCACAUGUUUUUCCGUCAGAAUCGGUGAAUCUAUUCUUUAUAAUUGCGAAUGUGCCAAUGGCUAUAUGGGACAACGAUGUGAGUUCAAAGACCUAGAAGGUUCCUAUCCUGGUAUGCCAUCACGUGAAUCAAAAAUCCUGGAGGCCGGCAUAGCUGGUGGCGUUAUCACAGUGUCCAUAGUAUUCGUUUUUGUAAUCUUAUUAUCGUACAACGCCUAUCUAAGAAAUCAGAUGAGAUUGAAAUCAACAUCGUUGACGACUCCCUUAUUACGAUCAUCAUCAACGUCGUCGACAGACCUGAACAGUGAUUUUUCAUAUCAUUCACCACAGCCAUUAUUAUAUCAGAAAAAUUUCGGAUAUUAUUCAACAUUCGGUCAGCAACAGUUACCGUUCAGCCAACCGAACAAUGAUAAUAAUUUGAAAAUAACGAAUAAAACGGAACAUUAUCAAUGUAUAUUACCAUUAAAUGGAAAGAAAAAUUAUCAUUAUCAUCAACAUAAUUAUCAUUUAAUUAUUGAAGAGCAGAAAAAAUUUGGAAAUAUUCUGUUGGAUUUGGAAUAUGGUACAAACAGCAGAUAACGAUAAGAUAAACGAAUGAAAUUAAAAAUACUAGCAACGUACCAAUCAAUAAUGUUA